AUGUCAAGUAUUGCAUUAAUUUUCGAUGUGAUAUUUUCCUGUUUAAUAACAUUAACUUUUCUUUACCGUUGUGGAAAUUACCGUCGACAACAUCCAAUAACAACAGGAGCAGUUUUUAUUUCAUGGUCAUUUUCAGUUCUUUUUAUUUUUCUUUUACCGUUGGAUAUAUCAUUAGCAGCUUAUCGAGAAUGUCAAUCACAAAAUAUAUCAACAAUAUCAACGACAACAAUUAGUCCGGAUAAUUUAAAUUUAAGUAAUACAAUUGAAAAAUCAUGUCCUCGCCCAUGGUCAUAUGUAAAUCCGAGAUCUUAUGAAGUUUUAUGGCGAAUUAUUUAUUGGACAUCACAAUGUCUUACUUGGUUUAUUUUACCGUUUAUGCAGUCGAUCUGUCAAACAGGAGAAUUUUAUUGGAAAGGAAAGAUUCGAUUUGCACUUCGAUCAAAUUUAAUUUAUUAUGGAACACUUUUACUUAUAUUCGGAAUACUUGUUAUUUAUGUUGCUGUGAAUUAUAAUUUAAGUGCAUCAAAUUUUAAAGUAACUGUUAUAGCAGCAAGUACAACUUGGGGUCUUUUUCUUCUUGUUUUAAUGCUUGGUUAUGGUCUUGUUGAAGUACCAUUAAAUGUAUAUAAUCAUUCUCGAACUUCAUACGUUCUUUCACAUAUUCAAUUUAAUUUAUCUAAACUUUAUAAUGAAAAAAUUGAUAUUGAAGAACGUUUAGAAUCUCUUGUUGAAGAUAUAUCAAAAUUAUGUUUACAAAUCAAAUAUAAUGAUUCAUUGCGACCAUGUUUAGAAGAAAUUGUUCGAAUUAUUCCGGAACAAUAUUCUAAUCGAGUUAAAUUAACUAUGGAUGAUUAUGAAGAUUAUCGAGCAACAACAACAACAAAUAAUUUAAUUGAUUUACCAACUGAAAAACAAUUAAUUAAAUUACAUGGACUUAUAAAAAAAAGUAAACAUAUUCAUCAUCGUGUACAAGCUUCAUGGGUACAAAUGAUUAAUCAAGCUUUUUAUUUGGAAGAUAUUUUAAAUAAUGAAAAUAAUUCAAAUCGUUCAUUUGUUAAACAAAGUCCAUUGCCAAGAUCAUGGUUACGACAAAAAUUAUUUGAUGAACAUCCAGUUCUAGAAUGGUAUACAUUUUGUUUUCUACGUCCAUGGGCUCUUCGUUUUCUUGGCGUUGGACUAGGUAUCAUAUCACUGGUCGUUAUUUGGUCUGAAAUGACAUUUUUCAGUACCAGUCCUGUUUUAUCUAUUUUUGCUCGAAUUGUUAAUGUAGCUCGUCAUCAUUAUGAUUAUUUUACUAUUGAAAUAUUCUGUUGUUUAAGUCUUGCUUAUUUAUGUUUAUGUGCAUAUUAUACAAUAUUUCGUAUGCGUAUAUUUAAUUAUUUUUAUUUAUCACUUUAUCAUUUAACGGACGAAAAUAGUUUAAUAUUUGCGGCAACAUUUUUAUGUCGUUUAACAGCUCCAUUAAGUUAUAAUUUUCUUGGUAUGAUACAUAUGGAUCAAGUUAUUACAAAAAAAACUGAUAGACAAGAAACUGUUUUUACAACAAUUAUGGGUCGUAUGAGCGUCAUUCCAAUGAUUUCCAGAGGUUUUAAUUUUUAUUUUCCAAUGUUAAUAUGUUUAUUAUGUGUUGGCACAUAUUUUCGAUUUGGUUCUCGAUGUUUACAUAUAUUUGGCGUAAGACAAUUCUUUGAUGAUGAUUAUGUAUCAGCUGAAUAUGUUGAAGAUGGAAAAAAUUUAAUGAAAAAAGAACGAAGAAAUUUAGGUGGCAUUGAUAAUGUAACAACAAUGGCUAAUACAACGACAGCUACCCAACGAAGAGAUAGACGAAAAGAAUUAGAAGAAAAAUAUGGUUUACGAUCAACAUCAGCAAAUAAUAAAUCAAAAUUACCAAGUGAUGAUUUAGAAGAGAUUAUAUCAGAAAGUCGUCAAUUAAAAGCAUCAUCAUCAAGUUCGGAUGAACCAUUGAUAAUGAAUAAUAACAAUCAUAAUCAACGUGUUCCUUCGAAUGCACCAACUGCAUUAGGAUCUUCGCGUCGAGUAGCACCGCCUACCAAUAUAUUCAACGAUAUCUAA